AUGUCGUUCAUGCCAGGGACUGCGAUACGGCGUGAUGACUUUAUGGACAACAUUGCCGACAGUCUUGGCGAUGGUGUUUGUGCUGCAAAAACGAUCAAAUCCCUGAGCGCAUCGGUGGUGGGAAGCGACACUUCCAACGCUUCACGGGACAUGCACAAAUUGCUGGAUAGAUUGGACUACAAACUUCCGAUUGACAUUGAAACUAUGAACCAUGUUUGUCAUACUGCCGAUGUUCAAGAAUUGAGGACAUACCAUGUUAAACCAGAAUCCUGGCUCCAGUUUUGGAUGAAUGAGGAACCUUCAAUACUGGGGGGAUGGCACGGAGAUGUCAACCAAAACUUUGAGUCCUUCUGGAAGACAUUUCAAGUAUCUCAUCCUGGACAUGCCGUGUUUCAACACCAUAACGGACGACUGGACCGUGUGGCACCCGUCAUCAUACAUGGCGAUGAGGGGCGUGCAGUGAAGCGAACAAAUUAUUGGGUUCUUAGCAUGCAAAGCCCCUUUGGAAGCUUGAAUGACCCAUCCCUCCAGUGCACCUGUCGAGAAGACUUUGCACAUCGUCAGAGUGGGCUGCCAUCUUUUGAACCUGAUUUGGCUGCUGUUGACCCCAAGUAUUUGCAGGCAUCCCGUGCCCAAACCACCAAUUACAAGGGGCAUUCGUACUUGAGUCAUUGGCUUCUCUUUGGUGUUGGGGGUUGGAUCUACAAACGUCACAGUCAUAUCAUCGACGAGUUGGUUCUGGAAAUCAGUCAGAAUUUGCAGAAACUGUUCCAUCAAGGUAUCAACACGAACCAGGGAACUAUUUUUGCUGCAUUGGUUGCUGUCAAAGGCGACCUUGACUUUGAAAAGAAAUUGAUGUCACUCACCCGAAGCUAUGCACAUGUCGGGACCAAAAACUGUUUGGAAAUUUGCCACUUGUGCAAAGCAGGUGGGCCCGGAUGCUUCUUUGAGGACUUCUCUGAGGCCCCAGGCUGGCUGGAAACAGUUGGUACUGAACGGCCCUGGAACGGAGAUGAUCCACCAGCUUUUUCACAAAUUCCAUUUGAUGACACAUUUCCAGAGAAGCUCUUGCAACUUGAUAUUUUCCAUGUUUGCAAGCUGGGUGUCUUCAGGGACAUCAUAGGCGGAAUUCUCAUUCUUCUACUUCGAUUGAAAUUCUUUGACUACGAAGGGAGUACCAUCAACAUGGAAGACCGGAUGAACCGAGCACAUGGAUCAUUUGCCCUGUGGUGUACUACGUUGUCAAAGUCACCUGGUCUCCGUUCAUUCAGUAUGAGGUAUUUCAACAUGAAAAGCCUUUUGUCUGCUCCUUGGGCAAACUCCAAGGGUAGCGACAGUGUGUUGUUGUUGCAGUGGUUGCAGCACACACUACAUGUGAACAUCAACUAUCCAAAUGUUGCUGGGUACGAACAACUACUGAAACGCAUGUUGCAGGUAGUCGAUGCUGCCCUUGGGAUUCGCAUGGUACAUAGUCACAGGCUAUGGCUAGAACGGCAUUGUGCCCACAUGCUGUACUACAAAAUCAUGACAACCCUGCGUGGUUACACAGCGCUUGCAAGGGACGCACUACGUCUACAGGUACGAGCAUUUGUGCAGAAGCCCAAGCAACACUCGCUCCACCACAUUGGACACGAGUUGAAGUCUGAGUUACAAAAAGGGGCAACACUGAUUUUGAACCCACAAUGUUUUGGAUGCGAAAUGAGUGAAGAUUUCAUAGGAAGAGUCAGUCGGCUAAGCCGAAGGGUUGGCUUUAGAUUGGUACACCUACGGGUGAUCCAACGAUACUUUGUCAAGGUCAGGGUGCUUUUGGACAAGAGGCGGAAACUAAACCCUGAAAGGGUUUGGACGAAGAAAACGCCAAUUGGAUUUGCAAAACGCGUGGGAAGAAAACUGGCAAGGAGUCCCGUGCCCACUGCACUCUCAGCUGGCCUGGUUUCUUCAGACUUGGCCACGGCAUCGGCGAAGACGAAGAAGAAAAAGACCAAGUUGUGGAUGCAUCAAACCCACGAACAUCCCAAAGAUUGA